GAUAUUUUUUAAAUACCUGAAAUCGAAUCAACUAAAUUGGAAAGCGUGAACAAAACAGUGCGAAUCGUUGAUAAUCGAAUCAAAAGUGCGAACAAACGCAGCCUUGGCUGGUCAAAAGUGGCCCCAAAACAAAUAACUUAAAAUUAAUUCAACAGUCGAUCAAAAAGCCACAACAACAACAACAACAACAAGAGUAACAACAAAAAGAACAACAUCGAGAACAAGCAGCGACAUUGUCAGGCAACAAGAAGUACAAGAAGGCGCAGAGAGGAGGAGAGGAGUUCAGCCCCCCAAGCAGCCAAGAGCAGCGUAGAUUUUUUGUUGCCAUGCGUCAAUGCAGCUGAAACCACAUCAGACACACAAGAAGAAAAAAGAACAAACAAACGCAAAUAUUAAUAAUAAUAACCAAUAUAACAACAGCUUAUUUCCAUACCGCGAGGGGCGUCUGAAAAUACGUUCCGAAAUGUCGAAAAUCUGGAUUUUAACAUUUAUAAUGCUGCUGCAUGUUGUUUGGGUGAGAGCGUCGGUAAUAACAACGCCAACUCCGACCAUAAUAAAUGACUUGCAGAGCAGCCACGCCCCCGCAACGACCACAGCCCCCGCCAUGGUGGUCAGCGGUGCCAAUGUUCAGCGCAAUGAAACCAGCCGAGUGACGUCAGCAGCAGCAGCAGCAGAAGAAUUGGAGAUUGUGGAUGAAAUAACCACUAGCAGUAUUCUCUCCUCCUCAACUGCUUCCUCUGCCUCGUCGACAUCAACGGCCACGCCUACCACAACGGCAACAACCAGUACUACGACAACGACGGCUACAACAACGACAAAGGGAAAAGAAGUCAAAACAACAGCAGCAGUAGAAGAAAAUGUGGCAACUACAACAGCAGCAGCAGCAGUGGAAAAUGUUGCAACAGCAAUUGAAGAAGAUGUUGCACGAGAAAAGACAACAGCAAUUGCUGAUGAUGUUGCACCAGUAAAAACAACAGCAACAGCAGAUGUUGCUGGCAUAGCGACAACAACAAUACUUCCAUUACCAUUAUUGAAGUUGGGGUCUGAAAAACUAACCCAAAAAGAGGACGAAGGAAUGACGACAACCGUGCCGCCACUUGCCUCCCUGGGUAACGUUUUUGAUCGUCUCUAUCGCAUUAAGUUCAGCGACUCAGCAGGCGAUAAAGAGCAAGAAAACUCGGAGUCACUGCCCGAGGCUGAUUCUGCUGAUGUUGAUGAGCUGGCAGCCAGCGCUUCACCCGCUUCGCUCAACAUACAAAUGCAGGCGGCGGAAUCGUAUCAAGUAGCCGAGACGUUGGCCGAUCUCAAUGAGGAGGAACGCAAGCGUUAUGGUGCCAUGCUGUUUCAGCAAUCGACGGCCAGCAAGCUGAACAUUGUUGAUCUGUAUCCGAUGAAAUUGGAGGAUUUUCAGUCCAUUAUGCAUGGCGAUAGAGUAGAGCAGCCACAGGAAGUGGAGCAGCAACAGCAGCAGCAACAAGAGCAGCAGCAGCAGGCAGUGUUUAAGCAGCUCGAUAAUGCCGAGGAAUAUCGACAGAAUCUAAUGCCCAAUGAGGUGGAAUUGCUGGUUGUGGCUGACGGCACUCCGUCAGUCAAUCAACAGCAGCCAACAAUUGCGACGACAACUGCUGCAACACCAAUGACGACGACGACAAAUGUUCCAACAAAAACAAGAGAAACACUGCUGGCAGGCGUGGCAUCCACACCGAGUGAUUUCACGCGAAAAUUGCUGGCGGAGCAGGAUGAUUUGAUAACGGAAAUCGAGCGUAAAUUUGAGCUGCACGAAGCGCGAGGCAGCACAACUAACACCGCAGCGACCACAACCACAGCAACCACAGGCGGCAGCAGCAGCAGCAGCAGUACUACGGCAGCAACCAUGACAUCUUCAACGCGAAGUCCACAGCAGCUGCCCCGACUCGCAGCUGGUGAUAGUUACAUCGAUCGGCGUGUGAAGAAGAGCUUCGAGUUUCCCAUGCAGCAUCGUGCCAGCGAUGUGAUGGCCAUGCCCAACAUUGACUUUGGCAACACAAAGUUUAACACAGAAGUCUCGGAUGGCCACGAAGCCAAAUCAUUGUCAGCGGCAGCAGCAGCAGCAGCUGGAACAGCAACAUCAUCGUCAUCAUCGUCAAUAGUUGCGCCAUCACAUCCGGAGUUCUCGACAACAAAGUUCUACAACAGCAAAGAGUUGUACAACGAAAUGUUGUUACAUAAUAAACGCAAGUUAAUGAAAGAAAUUGGCACUGCAACUGCGACUGGAACUGGUUCAGGAAAGGGAGUGAGACUGGGCAGCAGCAGCAGCAGCACUGUGCCCACAGCAGGCAGCAUUAUAAAGUCAUCAGCGGCAACAGUGCCGACGGAGAGGUUGCGGCAAAGUUCGCCAACCACAAAGUUGGAGACGACUCGAAGCGGCAGCAGCAGCAGCAGCAACGGAGGAGUCACGCCAAUGCCGCCAAAACGCGUGACUUUGACGCCCACGAGGCAAACUUUUGACGGCGCCACAGCGACAGCUUCUGCAACAGCAACAGCGGGGGAGGCAGCAGCAUCUACAAUAGAAAGUGCUUGGACUACUGUGAAACCCAUAAAAUACCAGAAGGAGCUUAAGCGCGCUAAAUUAUUGCUCAAGGCGCUGAUGCCGCCACAGCAGCAGCAGCAGCAGAUGGAGAAACUGGAAGUGGUCGCAGCGAAAGUCAAAGUUAUAGCACAGCCACAGGCAGCAGCUAGUUCGACUCUAUCUCCCAUCCCUGUCACUGGGCAGUCGGCUAAUCUUGGUAAAUCGGCCUCAAAGCCAAUUGCUCGUCCGCGUAUUUUAAGUCGCCUGCAGGAGAAAAUCAAUUCGCUUGAAUGCGAGAUACAAAAUGUGCCGCAGGAUUCACAUUUGUGGCGAGGCAAUGAAACGCACGAGCUGCUUCUGCCAAUUGUGACUACUGAGCACUGUAAACCAGGCGAGCACUGUGCGCCCAAUGUGCUGACGUGGGAGGGCGAGGCAGAAAUUCAAUCCGGCGAUAUUUUAAUUGUUGAAAUCAAUGAUGCCAUGCUGAGCACAGCGCACAACCUAAACAACAGCUAUGCAAACAGCCAAAGCGCCGCACAUGCCGCACAGGUAUAUCAGGUAACACGCUCCGGCCACGAACAUUGCGAUGUUACCGAAGGCGUCCUGCUGGACAUAACGCCACUGGUGGUUGAUGGCAGGAAACUGGUUACGCUCUAUGACAAGGAUCUAACCGAGGGAGUCAACCUACUAAUUGUGGUGUCCGAGCUGUGGGGAGCACAGUGUGUGCGUCUAAAGGUGACCACGAAAACCGACAAUUGCGGUGAGAACGCCGAUUGUUCUGGCAAAGGGGUCUGCUACUCGAACCCAUCGAUGGAGGAGUAUGAGUGCCAAUGCUGUAGCGGUUUCGCUGGCCCACACUGUGAGGAGAUCGAUGCCUGCAACCCCAGUCCGUGCACCAAUAAUGGCAUCUGUGUGGACCUCUCGCAGGGCCACGAGGGAAACUCAUACCAAUGCCUGUGUCCGUACGGUUAUGCGGGCAAAAAUUGUCAGUAUGAAUCGGAUCCCUGCAAUCCGGCCGAGUGCAUGAAUGGCGGCAGUUGUGUGGGCAACUCCACGCACUUUCACUGUGAUUGCGCCUCGGGUUUCACGGGUCCGUUGUGUCAGCACAGUUUGAAUGAAUGCGAAUCGUCGCCGUGUGUUCAUGGCAUCUGUGUGGACCAGGAGGAUGGUUUCCGUUGCUUUUGUCAGCCAGGUUUCUCUGGCGAGCUGUGCAACUUUGAGUAUAAUGAAUGCGAAUCGAAUCCAUGUCAAAAUGCCGGCGAAUGCAUCGAUCACAUUGGCAGCUUCGAAUGUCGCUGUACCAAGGGCUACACGGGCACCCGUUGCCAAAUCAAGGUUGAUUUCUGCGCCAAUAAGCCGUGCCCCGAAGGACAUCGCUGUAUUGAUCAUGGAAAUGAUUUCAGCUGCGAAUGCCCUGGAGGUCGCAAUGGACCGGAUUGUAAUCAAAUGCCACGAACGUAUUUUCAGCAGUGCAGCGUGAAUCCUUGCACACAUGGCGGCACUUGCUGGUCCAGCGGAGAGAGUUUCUACUGUGCCUGUCGUCCCGGUUACACGGGCACUAUGUGCGAAGAUGAGUUUGUGGUGGAGACGGUCGUCAGCUCCAGUGAAUUUAUCGUCGACGAUGUGAACGCCAGAAAUUUUAAUGACAAAACUUUUGGUUCAUCGGUUGUGCUUAAGAGUCCCAUUGAAUUGCAUAAUGCAUAUUUUGCGGCUGGCGUUCUGGCGGCCGCCAUUUUCAUCGUUGCCGUCGUGGUCACCAUCUGUCACUGCAAGGUGAAUCAAACGUAUCGAAAAUUCUCAACGCGACCCACUUCGUUUAUACCCAUUUUGGGUUUCAGUCGUCGGCCCAAGUUGCAGGGCAAACUUAAUAAGCAUUGGCUAAGUGGCAAAGGACUCGGCACGACUGCAACUCCAGCUGCUGCUGCGGCAGGUGCCACACAAGGUGGCAGUGGCAGUGGCAAUGCGGCACAGUCGACGCGUCAUUUGCCAGCGCAAACGAAUGGCAACAGCUCAGCACAGACACAAGCGCAGAGCACGCUAGGGGGUCAAUUGCACGAGAGACCCUUUCAACGGCAUCUGGCCAUGAAUCUGGAGAACGACAUGUACUACACGGUCGAUUUCAGUGAGAACUCACAGCACUCGCCGCUAAUACAGUGAGAGGAUGUAAAUGCAACGCAAGCUAAGCAUGUUGGCUGGUUAGUUAAAUUUACGUGCAAACACGUGCCCCAUGAAUAAAGCUAGAAGAGAGAGAAGAGUUUUGGUCGUGCAAUAUUUCAAUAUUACAAAUAUUGAUAAUAAUAACUAAAUAUUAUACUAUUUAUUAACAAGAACAACAAGAACUGUCGGCAAAAUGAACAUUACGAUUAUACACAACACUUUAUAGAAGAACACUUCGAUGUAAUUCUGUUCAAUAUGACGCAUACUUAAAUAGGCUUAGCACAUCUUGUGCAAGUCACGUUUGUGUUGAAGUUUGCCAAACACACACAGCAUACACAAUACACAACACACAAUAGAAUUGACCCAGUUGUGAAUUGUGCAACUGCAACUUGUAUUUGGCUAUAAGCUGCAAAUUAUGUAAAUGCCUGCAGUCAACUGUGCCUAAUGCAUUUAGUUUACCUGAUUAAAUUGAUCUCUCGAAAGCGCAUUUGUUGCCAAAUAUUUUUAUCGCUACUUUUCCAUCACGAGUAGUAUUAAAUCUAAAAAUUUUGGAAUGCUAAUUUACACAGUAAUGGCUAAUUUUAGCGUAACUUAUCCAUUUAUUUAUAUUUUAAUUUGCAUUUGCUAUUUGUUUAAAACUUAUUAUUGUUUACCCAUUUGAUGUCGAGUUGUGCUUAGCUUUCGAGUCUCUCGCGUCCUAAUCAAAUACUAAUAAAGUUUUAAUUAAUUUCACCGCACUGCUGUAUUGACUUUAUUUGCAUAAACAAUGUAGGGAAAAAGUAUUAAAUUAAAUUCGCGCAGCAUCAGAGAUUAUUUUUGCUAAUUUCAGCGCGAGUUGAGACCACUGAGGUCGCUCUCUCUCUCUCUCUUUCGAAUAUAAGCUUUUAUUGAAUAUUAAUUAGCAUAAAUUAAAACAGGCCGCAUAAUUUAAAAUGCAUGUUUUAUGUGUGUUGUUUUUUUCUCUCUGGCUCUGGCUUUGAUUGUAAUAUGCUUGCGAAAUGCAAAUGCAAAUUUAUUAAAAUAACGAGUACUUUUUGCACAAUAAUUAUUAUGUUGCUGCGUUGUGUGUGUGGGUUUGGCAGGCUUUUGGGCAUAUUGUUGAUGUGCAAAUAUUAAUAUUGAUCAAAUUGCAAUGAGAAUUACAAUUUUACAAAAUUGCAACGCAAUGAAUGAGUUAAAAAUAAUUAUAAACGAAACAACAGCAAAUAGCGAAUCAUUAACUCUUUGUG